UUUUAUGCAAAUUUAUUAAAAGUAGAAAACCAAGAAAUCACAUUUCCGUAUGUAUUCAUACCCUUUGCCAUGAAGCUCAGAGCCGUUUCCUCUGAUUAUGUGAGAACUUUGAGUCUGGAUGGACUGCAGAGGUUCUGGUCCAGUAAGGUUCUGGUUUUGUGAACAUCUGGUCUCCGUCAGCAGGUCCUGCUGGGUGUGGCUCCUCUCCUCCCCCAUAAAAGAGGCGUUGGCCCUUUAAGUGGCACGACUCCAUUUGACGUUUUCUGAAGUUGUUCUGAGUUAUUCUGAGUUGCUCUGAGUUGCUCUGAGUUGUCCUGAGUUGCUCCGAGUUGCUCUGAGUUGCUCUGAGUUGCUCUGAGUGCAGUUGCUGGAGGCGGGGAGUCUGUGGUCGGGAUUUGCCCAGCCUUUGUGCUGAUGUGAGACUGAUGACGUCGCUGCUGCUCCGACUGGUUUUCACAGGGCAGAGACAAUCCAGAGUUUCCUCUGUUCCACAUGCUGGCUGUUUGAGACGUCUAGUACCAGAGCCCGGGUGUGUCCCAGAACCCUAACACAGCAGGAUGAACUGGUCUGGACUGGAGAAUCUGCUGAGCGGGGUCAAUAGGUACUCCACGGCCUUCGGGAGGAUCUGGCUGUCCAUGGUGUUUGUCUUCCGGGUCAUGGUGUUCGUAGUGGCGGCCCAGAAGGUGUGGGGAGACGAGAGUAAGGACUUUGUGUGCAACACCAAACAGCCUGGCUGUAACAACGUCUGCUACGACCAUAUCUUCCCCAUCUCCCACAUCCGUCUGUGGGCGCUGCAGCUGAUCUUCGUCACCUGCCCGUCUCUGAUGGUAAUGGCUCAUGUUAAAUACCGUGAGGGGAAGGACAAGAAGUACAUGGAGGGGCACCCAGGCUCUCACCUUUAUGCCAACCCCGGCAAGAAGAGAGGAGGUCUGUGGUGGACGUAUCUAGUGAGCUUGGUCUUUAAAGCUGGGUUUGACACAUCGUUUCUCUAUAUUCUGUAUCGGAUCUACCAUGGAUAUGACCUCCCCAAACUCUCCAAGUGUUCCCUGGCACCGUGUCCCAAUACCGUGGACUGCUUCAUCAGUCGUCCAACAGAGAAGAAGAUCUUCAUGCUCUUCAUGGUUGUGUCCAGCGCCAUCUGCAUCUUAAUGUGCAUCCUUGAGAUGAUUUACCUUAUCGGCAAGCGCAUCCUGAAAGUGAUAAACAUCCGAAACGAGAACCAGAGGGUUGUGUUCGCCGACCAACAUGAACUCACCACCAUCGCACCUCCCAGGUCCCAGUACCGGAGGGUGGACCCGACGCUAACAGAGAGCCAGCUGAGUUUAAGCAAGCGGGAGAAGACUGAGGGUCGACAGAAAACGACCCUGCUGUAGCACAGAGACCGGUGGAAAACAGGAAGACCGAAAGCCUGGGAUCAAGGAAACAAGAACUUUAAGGGUUCUCCUUCAGGAGGAACUGCUGCUUCUCCCAAGGGGAGGCUGGAUGGACAUUUUGGUACCAGAACAAAACUCUCAGCUCUGCUUGGGUUUACAGCUAGCCUUGCUUAAUGACUGUUUAUCAGAAAACUGCAUCUGGUGCAUCUUUAUAAUUUAUUCAUCCAAUGAGACCAAAGAAGUCACAUAAUGUAACGACUUCAGACAACCAAGGGUUACCGUCCUCCCAUGACAGACGACCACCUAACUUCAUGUUAAAGCAUCAUAUUUACUCUAUACCAAAGGUUCUGGGCCGGAGCAAAUCCAGGUCGCUUCUAGACCCAGUGUAGCUACGUCAUGUCUGUAGCUACAGAAAAAGCAGAAUUAGUUAGAAACAACAAACAGCGAGAGGUCAUGGUCAGGCCCGAGGUCAAAGGUCAGGCCUUAGGUGUUUGUGUGCACUGCCUUCCUCAGACUGUAGAGUGCUCUGGUAGCUGUCUGAUGCAGCCCACCGGGCCCAUUCCUGGUUCUGUUGGUUCUGUUGCUGCCAGAACAACCAGCAGCAUCCUGGUACCAGGCAAGUGGCACCCGGGUUCUACUAUAGGUACUGGCCUGGAGCGGUUCCGCCUCCGGUCCAGCUUACAGCCAGAAUGAGAAUAAUUUAUGGUGACAACAGAGUCAAAAUGUUAUGAGAAUAAAAACGCUAAAGGCAGAAAAAACUGUGUAGAUGAAUUGUUUCAGUGAGGAAAGCCUGUAGGUUUAAUUUGUCAGCUUCAUCAGAAUCAUGAUGAAGCUGACAGAUUCAUAAAUCAUUCUGCUGUCAGAAUGAUUUAUGAAUAAUUUCAUACUGAUUAAUUAUUUCCUUAUUCCAAACGUCACAAGAUGCUCCGCAUUUCUCAUUUUAAUGAUACAAUUCUCUAAACAUUCCUACUUCUCUCUCCUAACAUCAUGUGAUUUUUUUCUAGUUAUUAUGACUAUCGUCACAAGAAUUUAUUCUCUAAUUUAAACCGUUUUGGCUAUAAAACUCUGUUGUAAAAGCAGCAGGGAGCAUUUUUAGAAACUAAAUUAUAAUCGUCUGCAGCUAUUUUCUCCCCAUGCUUUAUGAUGGAUUAUGUAUAUUGUGUCUUUUUCGAGGGUUUGUUGACGGUUUGUCCUGGAAACCAGUCCGGCUGUCGCUGGGCUACGAUGGGAGGAGUCAUGCUGUGGGCUGAGGGCUCUGACCGAUCCUGGAUCGACUGAAAUGAACUGAACUGAUUUUAGAAAACCUUUAGUUGGUACUCACUGUGGAUUGGUUGCAGAAAUCAAAUAAAACUGAAAUGAGUUUUACUUUCAUGUCCUGACAAAACAUCAAACAUGUCA